AUGUCCAUUUCUGGCUUUAAAACCAUUUCUCUUCCUCUCUCUCAACUAUCGUUAUCUGCUGUUCUCAAAUGUGGCCAGUCAUUUCUCUGGACGGUUCUUACACCCCUUACAACCGACACUCCUGCGCAUAGCUCAGACGUACCCUCUACGCAUACAGAGUACCGCUUGUGCCUCCGAGACCGUGUCAUCUGCCUCCGACAGACACCUGACGCUCUUUUUUAUCGCUCUGUGUUCCCGGAGGCUCAUUGUUCAGAAUCUGUUCAACUAAGACGUGACGAAGAAACACUAGAGUGGUUAAAAGAUUACUUCCAAUUGGACAUCGACCUCUUGGAUUUGUACAAGCAAUGGGCCGACAAAGAUAAGGUCUUUGCCAAAUUUCAAGACAGGUUUCAAGGUAUAAGAAUGUUGCGACAAGAUCCUUGGGAGAAUCUUAUAUCAUUUAUAUGCUCUUCCAAUAACAAUAUAUCUCGAAUAACAAAGAUGGUCCAAAGUCUGUGUACUCAAUAUUCUCCUCCAUUGUUAGAUUUGGAGCAUCCUUUUCUACCGAACAAGAUGCUCACUUACCAUCCGUUUCCUCCACCCUCUGCUCUCGCGGAUCCAUCUGUUGGAUCCCAGUUGAGAGGUCUUGGCUUCGGAUAUCGCGCCGACUUUGUCCAGCGAACUGCAAAAAUGCUCGUUGAUUUCCAUGGCAGUAAUAAGGUGACGACUUACGGGAAACCUUUGGAAGCAUCCGAAGUUUGGCUGCGACAACUUAGAAAUGUCAGCACAGAGGAAGCUCGUCAGGAACUCCUCAAAUUCAUCGGCGUGGGAAGGAAAGUUGCAGAUUGUGUGCUCUUGAUGAGUCUAGACAAGAAAGAAGUGGUACCUGUCGACACACAUGUGCACCAGAUCGCUAUAAAACAUUAUGGUCUAAAGGGUUCUGUCAAUGGGAAGGCUACUAUGACGCCGAAACUUUAUGAAGAAACCAAUUCCAGAUUCUUCUCGAUAUGGGGAGAUUAUGCUGGAUGGGCUCAUUCCGUACUUUUUACAGCCGACUUGAAGUCAUUUGCACUCUAUGGUCUAUCCCCCAACUCUUCUCCCUCUUUAAACAUUCCUUCACCAAAGAAAAAGGGUGCCAAAAGUGUUAACAUUAACGACAACUUGCUCCCCACACCCCCUAUGACACCUUCACCUUCGAAGAGAAAGUCGGAGACAGAGUUAUCUUGUGCUUUAGGAGCUCCUUCAACGCCCAUAUCUCAGCUCUGUAUUGACACUGCCGAAACUCUCAGCCUUAUUGAUAGAGUAAAAAGAAGACGCCGUGUCUAG